AUGUUUUUAUUUUUUUGUACAUAAUCGAAGUAAACUGGUAUGACAAAAUCGUCAAAAGAAUUCCUUGUUCACGUAAAGAUAUUUACAUAUUGAGUUAUUGAAAUUUUCGUAUUUUACGAUGGGGGACGGACAAAGCGAAAAUCAACCGCUUUUAAGGGAUGAGGAAGUCAAUGUUAGCACAAUCUCUCCCAUCGGACCGGAUGAACUUCCACCACCGUACCAGCAGGCAGGAAUGCCUAUGGUGACUUGCCGCGUAUGCCAGUCUAUGAUAGAUAUCUCGGGAAAAAGGGAACAGCAUGUUGUAAAAUGUUCUGUGUGUCAUGAAGCUACGCCAAUAAGGAACGCCCCGCCGGGUAAGAAGUAUGUGCGUUGUCCUUGCAACUGCCUGUUGAUUUGCAAGUCGUCAUCGCAGCGUAUUGCUUGCCCUCGACCUGAUUGCAAGAGGAUCAUCAACCUUGCUCCAUCACCGGUCACCCCACCAGUGUCAACAUUGCCUGGCAUGUGCAGAGUCAUUUGUGUACAUUGCCAGGAUACAUUUUUGUAUCAACGUCUGAGAAACGCACCGGCGCGAUGCCCUCACUGCCGCAAGGUUUCAUCUGUGGGGUCGCGUAUGGCUCUGCGGGGCACCAUCUUCGCAGUCCUCGCCUUCAUAUUCUUCGCUAUCGCUCUCGGAGUAACCCUGGGCACAUACAAUUCAGCCAAGGUUCAUGGUGGAGGCAUCUACGUGGCUUACGUUGGAGCUUUCCUGAUUGCAUUCUUCUUGGCCACACGGGCCAUCUACUAUUUUGCAAUGAAAGUAAGUACCAUCGAUGACCCAAUGUAAAAAAAAUUACCUGCAUCUGAUUUUGUGAUAGUAUGAUUAGGAAAUGAUAAAAUUAUCUCAAUUCCAUAUUGCGUUGUAUAACACAUUGUAAAUUUAAGAUUCAAAUAACUACCAACUCUAACCUUUUAUGAAGAACUAUGUACACUUUAUUUAUGGUCAACAAUGAUUGAAGAUUGAAAUGAAUCUGUUCAAUCUUACAUUCAUUAUGACCUCAUGACAUGUAUUGCUAAGUUUUAUAAAAAUAUAGUUAUCAAAUAUUGAUGUUUAUAACUUAAUGGAUAUGUUUAAAAUUUUUAUUUGUCAUAAUAUCAAGUAAUUUAAUGUCAUACUUGUUGUUUCGAUUCGUUAAAUUGUUUAUUCCAUUUCAUUGCUUUUAUAUAGAUUUGCUUGAAUAGAUGAUAAUUAUCAUAUAGUAAAUAUUUUAUUUGGGAGAAAGAGAUAAUUGAUUUCUAAUAGACUGAUGCGUGAAUCCACUUGCAGUGUUACCUGCUACCAUUAUUUAUUUAUAUAUCAAUUUAUUUUAUGUUCAUAUCAUAUGAAUUUAUAAAUUACGGAUUUAUUUUGCAUAGAUAAGGUUGUCAGUAUGUAUAAAUCAAGUUUUUUUUUUUUCAAAUCCGCGCAAGGUAUUUUUCAUUUAAACUAUUAAAUCAUUUUAUUCACUUUUGUUUAGAAACAAUAAACUGGAGUUAAAUUGAGUUAAACAGUAAACAUAAUAAGAAUUGAAAAAUUAUUGAGAUUAUUGUGGUCAGUCUUUUGUUUUUCCAGACAAAAGGAAAAUUAAUUUUAGUCGAUUAGUGUGAUAUUUCUGUUAAAGCUGGAUACUUGACCUUUCUAUUUUAUUUUCUUUUUAAUAUGUAAUUUUUAAAAUAAAUUAAUUUCUCGAUUUUGUAGCGAGUAUAGAAAAACCAAGGAAUUCAUUAUUGUUUAUAUUAAUCUGUAACCAAUUAUUAACAAUACAGAUUAAAUAUUGAUUUUGGAUUUAUAUGUUGCUUUGCUAAACGAUUUCAAUCUGUAAAUGUCAAAAUAAACGACAUUUUUACCGAAUUUUUGAGGUUAGAUAUGUGAUGUUAACGAUGUCGUCUCGCGAUGUACCAUGACGAUUGACUAGCCUAUUCCAAUGUUUAUUCCAUCUUGACAAUAAUAAAUAAUAAUAAUUAGCUGACAAGAAACCUUUAAUAUAUCUUUUUAUCUUUGUUUGACCUGAAGUAGGUAAUAAGUAGAAGCGCAAGGGUUACAAACUAACUUGAGGCUUUUUCAUUCUCUCUCUGCUUUCAAAAUAAGUUACAGUUGCAAACAAUUAGUGUUACUUUUUUAAACUUUCAUACAUAUUGAAUUGGCCAACUUCUUAGUGCCAUCUGUCAAUAUUUGUACACACCAUUGUAAAAAAAACAACUUGCGACCUUGUAAUAUUACAAACCUUUUUUAUUUUACGUCUUCAAAUCGAAAAGGUGACCUCAAUCUAAAACUCGUUUUUUAUUAAUUGAAUAGAGUAUCCACUAAAUCGAGAACGCGUAGGUAUUAGAUGUGUAUUUUUAAAUUAUUUAAAUAAAAGAAAAAAAUAUAUCGUUUGAUUAUUAUUAGUAAUAAUGACGGCUAGGCAA